AUGGAGAAAACACGGGUUGCUAAGGUUGACAAUGUGACCUUGGCUCGCCGUGGAGAGCAGGUCGAUGGUACUCUCCAUCUAACCCCUCACCACCUCAUCUUUUCGCACAUCCCACCAACCUCUCCAGAAGAUCAGAUAAAGGGUGUGGUAACAAGGCCUAGAGAGCUCUGGAUUACAUACCCUAUAAUCGCUUUCUGCACCCUACGACCAGCUCCCGGCGCCUCCCGCCAGCUCUCCUCCAUCCGCCUACGAUGUCGGGACUUCACUUUUGUCUGUUUUUACUUUUUAAAUGAGCACAAAGCACGAGACGUGUUUGAAAGCAUCAAGCAGUGGACAUGCAAAUCCAGUCGCAUUGAUAAACUUUACGCCUUCAGCUACCAACCUCCCCCACCAGAGAAAGAGUUUAAUGGAUGGGAGCUGUAUGAUCCGCGCAAAGAAUGGGCGCGUCAGGGUUGCUUAGAUGAGGGAAAAGCCUGGCGUCUUUCAGAGAUAAAUACGAACUACGAGUUCUCUCCGACCUAUCCCGCUCUCAUUCCCGUCCCUUGUUCCAUCUCCGACAAUACACUUAAUUACGCAGGGCGCUAUCGAUCUCGAGCACGAAUCCCUGCUCUCACAUACUUUCAUCCUGUCAAUAAUUGCACCAUCACCAGGAGCUCACAACCGCUGGUCGGUGUCCGCCAGAACCGAAGCAUCCAAGAUGAAAAGCUUCUCUCUGCUAUUUUCUUGACUUCCCGCUCCGAACGACCCUUGGCAAGCUUCUCAACCCCAGAGAAAGAAACUGAUACCAACAGCCCCGAGACAAGCCAGGUGAUGGUCCCUGAGUUGAAUAAUCCCGAGGAACUUGAGGACGACUUGCUAGCCGCUGCAAGGGGUGACCCUGAAGAACAUCGCUCGAUAUAUGGCGCUCAACAGUCGAAUUUGAUUGUAGACGCACGGCCCACGGUGAAUGCAUUUGCCAUGCAAGCCGUUGGGCUUGGAUCAGAGAACAUGGAUAAUUACAAAUUCGCCACCAAAGCAUAUCUUGGUAUUGACAACAUCCACGUCAUGCGAGACUCUCUGAAUAAGGUGAUAGAUGCUUUGAAAGAAUCAGACGUCACCCCAUUAGGGCCAAAUCGUGACCAAUUAGCGCGCAGCGGCUGGCUGAAGCACAUUGGCGGGAUCUUGGAAGGGGCCAGGAUAAUCACCCGUCAAGUUGGUCUGACUCACUCUCAUGUCCUGAUUCACUGCUCUGAUGGCUGGGAUCGCACAAGCCAGCUCAGUGCACUGAGCCAGAUUUGCCUGGAUCCCUACUUUAGGACGCUAGAGGGCUUCAUGGUUUUGGUAGAAAAAGACUGGCUUUCGUUUGGACAUAUGUUCCGACAUCGGUCUGGUCAUCUGAACAGCGAGAAAUGGUUCCAGAUUGAAAAUGAACGCAUUGGCGGGGACCCAAAUCGCGCCUUUGGCGAUGGAGGAGGUGCAGGGAAGGCCCUUGAAAAUGCAUUCCUCAGUGCGAAAGGAUUCUUUGGUCGCGACAACACCAGCCGUGACUCCUUGCCCGACUCAGAUGGGGAGCUUCAGAGUUAUGACUCUGAUCCCCCUAUCAAAAAGGCCACUACGCCGCGCUUGGGGAUGCCCGAAAAGGAAAUAACUAAACCAAAGGAAACAAGCCCUGUGUUCCACCAGUUCUUGGACGCGACCUAUCAGCUGCUUCACCAACAUCCCACACGAUUUGAGUUUAAUGAGCGUUUCUUGAGACGACUUCUCUAUCAUCUCUACUCCUGUCAAUUUGGAACAUUUUUGUUCAACAGUGAAAAAGAACGUGUGGAUUGCAAGGCUCGUGAACGAACCCGUAGCGUUUGGGACUACUUCCUCGCUCGCCGGGGAGAGUUCACAAAUCUCCAAUAUGAUCCUAUCAUUGAUGACCAUCAGCGCGGCAAAGAGAGACUCAUCUUCCCCCGGGUUAAUGAAACCCGAUGGUGGAAUGAGGUAUUUGGCCGAACAGAUGCAGAGAUGAAUGGCCCCCGUUCUUCGUUCGCUCCCAGUGACAGCCCAGAAAGCACAGUGCUGAGUGGUAUUGAGACGGCAGGGUCAGCCAGUGCUGGCAAAAUCACUGAGACGUCGCGGACGGCAGCCGUGACGUCGGGCAUAUCUAAGCUCGCAUUCCAAGCAGCGCGCACCGACAAACCGACCGAGUUGGAAGUAGAGAUGCAAUAA